CGAAGAGAGAGAACCGCCAUGAAGAGAGAAGGGGGUGCCGCCCACCUCUGCUCCGACAGCCUCCCCGAGUCCCAGCAACAAGACGGCAACCACACACCCAACUUCUCCAGCCACAGCUCAUGCCGCCGUCGCCAGCGGCGCCGACAUGACAAGGCGCUGCAUGCCCGCUAGGCCAGGUUUCCCCUCAUCCCCAGCCCCGGGGUCGUCCCCGCGCUGCCAUCUGAGACCCGGUAGUACCGCCCCUGCUGCAGCGGGAAAGAGAACAGAGAGUCUGGGGACAGGUACCCAGUCGAUUAUAGAUUUCUUCAAACAAGCUUCAAAACAAGAUAGACAUAUGUUGGAUUCUCCACAAAAAUCAAACAUCAAAUAUGGAGGAAGUGGAUUGUCCAUCACUGGGACAGAGCUUGAAAGGAAACUAUCCUCACAAAAAAAAUCUAAACCCAAAAGGGUGUCAUCAGAGAAAAGUCCUAUUUUAGAAGCUCUCAUGAAAGGUGUUAAUAAAGAGCACCACAAAGAUCGUGAUGUACAUGAGUCACGUCGGCCUUGUGUGUCACUAGGCUCCAAAUAUUUAUCCAAAGGAACAAAUAUCUAUGUUCCUUCUUCAUAUCGCUUGUCAAAAGAGAUGAAGUCACUAAAGAAAAAACAUCGGUCUCCAGAGAGAAGGAAAUCACUGUUCAUCCAUGAAAAUAGCAGGGAGAAGAAUGAUAGAGAUCGAGGCAAGAUGAAUACAGACUCCAAAAAGCAGGCCAUGGUGAGAGAAGCUGACAUCUUCAAGAACAGCUCCAGAAGUCUUAGUAGCAGGAGCAGCCUGUCCAGGCACCAUCCAGGAGAAAGCCCGUUGGGAGCUAAGUUCCAGUUGUCACUAGCUUCUUAUUGCAGAGAACGGGAACUAAAGAGGUUGAGAAAGGAGCAAAUGGAGCAAAGAAUCAACUCAGAAAAUUCUUUCUCUGAAGCAAGCAAUCUUUCUUUAAAAUCUUCUAGCGUAGGAAGAAAAUGUACACCGAGGCAGGAACAAAGUAAACAUAAUGAUGUCAUACCUGGAAAGAGUAAUCUUUCAAACCUGGAAAAUGGACAUCUCUCAAGAAAAAGAUCCUCUUCUGAUUCAUGGGAACCUACUUCAGCAGGCUCUAAGAAUAAAUUCCCUGACAAGAGAAAAAGGAACUCUGUGGACUCAGAUCUGAAAAGCACAAAAGAAUCUGUAAUACCAAAAACAAAAGAGUCCAUCCUUGAGAAACGUCCUGAUGGACCACAUCAGAGAGAAAAAUUUAUAAGACAUAUUGCACUGAAGACACCUGGUGGUGUGCUGCGCUUGGAAGAUAUAUCCAAGGAACCGAAUGAUGAAACUGAUCACUCCUCUACAAACUUGGCACCUUCAAAUUCUGGCUACCAUUCUUCUAGGAAUAGCGACCAAAUCCGUGUGGCAAGUACCAAAGAGACUAAGAUACAGAAACCCCACUUAUCUUUACCUCAGGAAAAAUCUACAAUUAAAAAGGCUAGCAACCUUCAGAAAAAUAAAACUGCUAGCUCUGUAACAUCAAAAGAGACAAAACUUCUACCUUUGCUGUCCCAUGUUCCAAGUGCUGGUUCCUCUCGGGUACCAUUAAAUGCUAAAAAUUGCACUCUUCCAGUUCCUAAAAAAGAUAAAGAGCGUUCCUCAUCUAAAGAAUGUUCUGGGCAUUCUACGGAAUCCUCCAAACACAAGGAACACAAAGCAAAGACUAAUAAGGCUGAUUCUAACAUAUCUUCAGGGAAAAUUACUGGGGGAUCUUUACGUUCAGAAUGUGGCACUCCCACAAAAUCUCCCCCACCUGCUUUGGAAGUUGUGCCAUGUAUCCCAAGCCCUACAGAACCUUCAGAUAAAGCGCCUUCAGAUAAAGAGAGUUCAGGAAAUUCCAAUGUAGGUAGCAGCGCACUGAAAAGAAAAUUAAGGGGUGAUUUUGAUAGUGAUGAAGAAAGUUUAGGUUACAACCUAGACAGUGAUGAGGAAGAGGAAACAUUAAAAUCACUGGAAGAAAUAAUGGCUUUGAACUUCAGUCAGACUCCUGCAACUUCAGGAAAGCCUCCUCCUCUUUCUAAGGGGCUUAGAGCUCAGUCAUCAGACUAUACAGAGUGCGUUCAUAGUGGAACUUAUACAAAUACUUUAGAGCGUCUAGUGAAAGAGAUGGAAGACACACAAAGGCUAGAUGAACUGCAGAAGCAACUACAAGAAGAUAUAAGGCAGGGUCGAGGCAUUAAAUCUCCAAUCAGAAUCGGAGAUCAAGACAGUACAGAUGAUGAGGAUGGCCUCUUGGAAGAGCACAGGGAAUUUCUUAAGAAAUUUUCAGUUACAAUUGAUGCUAUUCCUGAUCAUCAUCCAGGUGAAGAAAUAUUUAAUUUUCUCAACUCUGGAAAAAUUUUCAAUCAGUAUACCUUGGAUUUAAGAGACUCUGGUUUUAUUGGACAGAGUGCUGUAGAAAAGCUUAUUCUCAAAUCAGGAAAAACAGAUCAGAUUUUUUUGACAACACAAGGUUUCCUCACCUCUGCUUACCACUAUGUUCAGUGUCCUGUACCUGUAUUAAAGUGGCUCUUUCGGAUGAUGUCAGUUCAUACAGACUGUAUUGUGUCAGUGCAGAUUUUAAGUACACUGAUGGAAAUAACAAUUAGAAAUGAUACUUUCAGUGACUCACCAAUUUGGCCUUGGAUCCCAUCAUUGUCUGAUAUAGCAGCUGUGUUUUUCAAUAUGGGGAUUGAUUUUAGAUCUUUGUUUCCUCUGGAGAAUCUUCAACCAGACUUUAAUGAAGACAGUCUAGUUUCUGAAACACAGACAACGUUGGAGGGGAAAGGAAGUGAAGAUUCAUCUUAUAAGCCAAUUUUUUCAACUCUUCCUGAAACCAACAUUUUAAAUGUGGUUAAGUUUCUAGGCUUGUGUACAUCCAUACAUCCAGAAGGUUACCAAGAUCGUGAAAUAAUGUUGCUGAUUUUGAUGUUGUUUAAAAUGAGUUUGGAAAAACAACUGAAACAGAUUCCUCUAGUAGACUUUCAGAGCCUCCUGAUAAACCUGAUGAAAAACAUCAGAGAUUGGAACACAAAGAUACCUGAACUCUGCCUGGGCAUAAAUGAACUCUCUAGUCAUCCUCACAACCUUCUGUGGUUGGUACAGCUAGUCCCUAACUGGACAUCUCGUGGAAGACAACUCAGACAGUGCCUCAGUCUAGUGAUUAUUUCAAAGCUUUUGGAUGAGAAACAUGAAGAUGUCCCUAAUGCCAAUAAUCUGCAGAUAUCAGUCCUACAUCGAUAUCUUGUGCAAAUGAAGCCUUCUGAUUUGUUGAAGAAAAUGGUCUUGAAGAAAAGGGCUGAACAACCAAAUGGAACUAUUGAUGACAGUCUUCAUUUAGAACUUGAAAAGCAGGCAUAUUACCUGACCUACAUUCUUCUUCAUUUAGUCGGUGAAGUUAGUUGUUCUCAUUCUUUUCCUUCUGCACAACGGAAGCACUUCGUACUACUCUGUGGGGCUUUGGAAAAGCAUGUUAAAUGUGACAUUAGGGAAGAUGCAAGACUUUUUUACAGAACUAAGGUGAAAGACUUGGUUGCCAGGAUACAUGGAAAAUGGCAGGAAAUAAUUCAGAACUGUCGGCCUACUCAGGGGCAGCUUCAUGACUUCUGGGUACCAGAUUCUUAACAGAAGUUACAGCAGCAAAAAUAUGAAACAAGAGAAAUUCAUUAAGAGCCUUUCCAAGAAGAAUAAAAGGAUUACUUAUGGAUUCCAGUGCUACAGAAUGCUAAGAAAAUACACAGCAAAUGUGCCACUUGAAUAUCUAGUAUGAAGCUGGUAAUGAAAAAAUUGCCAUUUCUGAAGCAGAUAUGAAAUGUGAUCUGCUUAAUUUUUAAGGCAACUGACCUUUUAAAAGAGCAAAGUCCUAUAAAAGGAGGGAAAGGAUAGAAGCACCUCAUAGUCUAACCUGCCUUUAUUAACUCCUCCUGUUAUAUUAGAAACCAAUUAUCUUUUUUAGGGAAUAUUUGUGGCACUCGGAUAAUCAUGGGAAGUAUGGAAGAAAAGAGUCUGGACCACCUUGAGGAGUUGGACGUAGAAACCAGGACCAAGUCCAGUUGGGUUUAAUUUUCCUUCUUGGUUAUUUUAGGAUGCAAAGAGAUUGCUUAGAACAGAGUUUAGCAACUAAGGCAGCAAUCUUUUCUGUAACUUGUGUAAACCACAGUAGGUUUCAAUCUCUGCAUUUUCCUUCAUUAUUCAAGAUUACACUUCUAUUAGGUUUUUAAAACACUAAAACAAUGAAACAGAUCCCCCUAAGAGGAAGAGGUUAAGCUGUAGUGGACUCUGUUUUUAAAAUGCCAAAAUAUCCAUAUGUAGCUUGUUUUGAAUUGCUUUUAAAUGCACAUAUUUUUUUAAAAUACUGGUUAAAUCUUAGAAUUCUGGCCCUUGAUAGCCAUAUUACAGAAGUCUCUAUUAUAAAAGCUUAAAGAUCUGGAAAAGUUUCCAAAAACCUUGUUUCCAUAAGUAUAUUACUUUGGCAGAGACCUGGAUGGUGUUUAUUCUUUAGGAUAUUGUGUGUGUGAGUGUGUGUGUGUGUGUGUGUGUGUGUGUGUGUGUGUGUGCUUGUACCUUGAAGUUGUUGCACUUGAAAAUCACAGCUGCUCUAAAUUCUUAAACACUGGAAAGCCAUCCUUUGGUUUUAAAUGGUGGAGGGUUAGUAGAAGUGUACAAUGCUUGUUUUAGCCCAGGGGCCCUUUAAAGCCAUUGGAUAGUAACAGGCUCUUACUAGCCAACUCAAAAAUUCUUUCGUUGACUGAAUGUCUCUUUUAGUAGGGUUUGUUCCUGAAAGAGAAUACAAACAUUUUUUGUUCUUUCAACAUUGGCUUGGGUGACUUGCUCUCUCCUGAGCACUCUCAUGUCUAGUUAUAGGGGAAAAGAUGAUGGAAGUAAAGGGAACUGGACUUGAUGUUUAUGGUUUGAGAAGGGAGAAAUUAAGUUUUAAUUAAGAACUAACUUUCUACCUCUAAAUUGAGGCUUAGGAGUAAAAAAAAACAUUUUAUCUUAAAUUUAUCAUUUAAAAUAGCAUCAGUAACUUUUGAGCUCAUGUCAAGCAUUGGGCAGUUAGAGAUUUCAUAGGCAGGACUAAAUAAAUCCAGUUUCUAAGAACCCAGGCUGAAUGAGGCUCCAAGAGUCAGACCAACAAGUUUUAUUCUGUGUUGAGUUUACUGGUAAGAAUAAUAUUAUCUUGAUACUACCUCUCAAGGGUAUUGUUACAAAAUGCCACUUAUGAACGUUAAAAAGAUAGAUACAAAGAGUUAUAUUUGACAGAACUUGAUGAAACUCUGGCAUCUAUCUGCCCAACAGUGGGGGCUUUCACUCUGUAAUUUAAUACUUUGUAGAUACAUUAUUUGUGUGUAAUUUUAUAAGUGUUCAUAUUUUUCUCAUUUUGCAUUGUGUAAAGUGUACAAAAAUCUCAAAGUAUAAAAUACUGCUUAUAUUGCUUGUAAUUACAGUGUGUAAAUAUUUUCUAAUCGUGUACAUUGACGGGGGGGGGGGGAACAAGUGGGUUAUUCAGGUUUUUUUUUAAGUGACCCUUUUGUAUUGCAGUUUCAACAGAUAACUGCCCAUCAAAUUUAAAACCACUUUGAUACAUUUUUAUUUAGCAGCUCCAAUAAGAAAAACCUCUAUUUUUGUCUUUCUCCAUUAAAAGAAAAAUAUUUCAUGUGUCCCUUGAAAUUAAAUGGCCAGACGUCAGUUUAGGCCCUUUUAUUUAUGAUUCUGGUAGACAUCUUCUGUCUCCAGGUCAUAGUCCAGUCAGUAUCUACAUUUGGGUUCUCAUAGAAAUUCUGUGAUUCUCUUUUAGCACAAGUAGCCCAUGGUUUUCUCCCAAAUAAAGUAUUUUCCUUCACCCUCUUGAGUCCCCAUGCUUUGUCUCCCUCCUCUUGUUGUUGCCCAGUGAAUGGGAUGACAGAGAGGGAGAAAAUGUUCAUUGCACAAAGAAUGUCAGGCCACUUUUGGGACUUGGCAAACAAAGCUUGCACUGAGUGGUGGUGUGUUUGGCGAUAUUACUGUGCCAAAAAUCACCUUGUUUAAUUAUCUGGUUGUAUAUGUCAAACUUAUUACCCUUAUUGCAAGCUGAAAAUUAAGAUAAUUGUGUUUAUGCUUUUGUGUGUAACCAUUUGCCUUUUCUAACCUGCUUUUCUUGUUAGCUGAAAAUAUAAUUCUGUUAGUUAAGUGAAGACGCUCAUGCACAGAACACAUCUACGUAGCAGUAAAGUAACAGCAUUUGUACAUUUGCUGUCUGUCUUCUGAUGGCAGUGGUGCCUUUGUCACCUUUUGGAAGGUUGGCAUUUUGUUUUCAUUUUGAAAUGCAAGUAGUAGCUGGCUUUUGACUUCACAAAAUCUCCCCAGAUGUAAAAGUUAGGUAAUGGCAUGUUAUCAUCCAGACUUAGUUGAAGCAUUUGCUUUUUUUUUUUUUUUUAAAUCAAAACAGAUAUAGUUGGUGGGGACUGGCCAGUAAUAAUGUGUGGAGUCUUUAAACCAAGAAUAAUUUUUAAAUUAAAGAAAUAAUAAGAAUUUGAGAAGUGACCCAUUAACAAGUGACUAAGUUGGAGAAUUAGGAAUUGACUAUCCUGGUUUGUCUCUGAGGGGGCAAGUGUAGGUACAGAUGGCUGGCCAUGUAGAGAAGUUAAGCAUGAUCUUGGUGGUUAUUUCUCACUCAUCAGCAGUGUUGGUGCACCUCAUUAUCUGUGCAUUUGUUUUCCUAAGAGUCGUGUCAGUCAGUGAGUCCACCAGUUCCUAGACAGUAAAUGCAGAUUUCCCUCUUCUUUUUUUUUUUUUUUCUCUUAAAAUUUUAUACUACAUCUUGUUUAAAGUCCUAUGAAUGUAUGUGUGUGUUAUUAAAACUGCUUUUUCUCAGUUUGAA